CUCGUGUAAAUUUCGGUUGGAAAUUCGGUUGGAACCAUGAAGACAAUAUUUAUAAUUAUAACAUUUGGAUUAUUAUCAACAUUAGCAUAUCCACAAAAUAAUAAUCAUAAUGAUGAUGAUGAUGAAUUUUAUAUUGGUUUCCCAGAAGAUGAUAUAUCAAUUAAUCGUGGACGUAUUAUAAGUGGUAAAGAUGCUGAACCACAUUCAGCACCAUAUAUUGUAUCAAUAAGAGAAGGUGAAAAUGGUGCACAUAUUUGUGGUGGUUCAAUAUUAACUAAAAAUACAAUAUUAACAGCAGCACAUUGUCUUAAAAGUAAUUUAUAUGUUGCUGUUGGUUUACAUGAUAGACGUGAUACAACAAAUUCACAAAUAAUUAAAGUUAAAAAUUAUAUUGGACAUGAUAAUUAUAAAGGUGGUUCAUCACCAUAUGAUAUUGGUGUUUUACAUUUAUCAGAACCAAUAAAAUUAAAUGAUAAUACAAUAAAACCAAUUGAUUUACCAAUAACAAAUGAAAAACAAACUGGUGAAGUAACAUUAUAUGGUUGGGGACGUACAAUUGCUAAUUCAUGGAAUUUACCAAAUAUCUUACAAGUUGUUACAACUGAUUUAUUAACAAAUGAAGAAUGUUUAAAUGAAUUACCAGAUAAAGAUAAAAAAAAUUUACAUAAUACAAUGAUAUGUACUGGUAGUCGUAAUGAGCAUAUAUCAUCAUGUAAUGCUGAUUCUGGUGGUCCAUUAGUACAAAAAAAUAAUGAUAAUAAAACAAUAUUAGUCGGUUUAGUUUCAUGGGGUGUAUUACCAUGUGGUAAAGCAAAUAAACCAUCAGUAUAUACACAUAUUGGUUCACAUUUAGAUUGGAUUAAAAUUAAUACAAGAAAAUAGACACGCUUAUAUAUAUAUAUAUAAAGUUUUAUGUACACACACACCACUUAAUAUUCAAACAUAUAUAUAUAUACAUUUAAAUGAACAUAAUAAUUGCAUCAUCUAUAUUUGUACACACACACACACACACACACAAAUAUUUGAUAUGAAACGAAUGAAACAAUUCAAUUUAAUUUUUUGUGGUAAAUUGAAAAAAAAAAAGCAGCAGCAGCAGCAAAAUAGAAACAAAAAAAAAAAUUGAGUAAUUUUAUGGUCAAUUUUCAAUAAAAAAAAAAGAACAAGAACAACAUACAACCAAAAAAAAAAAUAUAUUAAUAUUUGUUUUAUGCAGAACUUUUCAUAUAUACAAAUACAAAUUUCAUUGUAUAACAAUAUAAGUUAAUUAAAGGAUAUGCUUAAUUUAAAUUACUAAAAUAAUAAUGAAAUUAAAAUAAAUUC